AUGGGUGAAACAGAAAGCAUUUGUAUCACAACGGAUAGUGUUUCAAACAGUCAACUUAGCCAAAACAACAGCAAAAAACUAUUACGAAAAGCAGCAAAAGUAAAACCGGAAGAAGUGUCAACACCUACCCAUUUCGAGCAUUUGGUACAUAUUGAAGAUUUACAAUCGAAUGCUAAUAAUUUUGUUGCUACAGAACUAUCACAUGAUCCAAUUAUCAGAAAUAUUUUCAAUAUGAUCGAGAAAAAUAUCGCCGAUAGGAAUAGUAAUGCUAUUACCGUUACUACUUCUACUGCUAAUGAUAAUAUUACAGAAUUAUGUCUAGAAUCAACCAUGAAAAAUCAGGAAUGUAAUCCUAAAAAUGUUGCCGCUUACAUCCAUAAUAUCGAAACAUAUGAUAAUUUGAAUAAUUUCACUAUUCCGCCUGGUACGGUAGAUGGAAAACAAUUAGUUCAGAAACGAGAUAACUUGAAAUUAGAUUUGAAAGGUAGCCAAAAAGCAUCAGAUGAUGUGAAAUCGAUAUCAUAUACUUUGGCAUCAGAUUUCGAAGAAAAAGAUAAUCAAAAUAGCAUCAAAAAUUCUUUAAUGCUACCGAAGCAUAAGAAACUUACACCGAUUUCGUCAUCAGACUCUACCGAAACUAUAUCACCCGUAACACCAUUUACACCAACAUCAGUACAAUUUCAAUAUCCUGAUUUGAAAAAGCAGGAAGCUGCUUAUGAUGCUUUUGUUUCUCGAAAUACCCGGGAGAUAACAUCAUCGUUAUAUGAGAAUCAGGAUAUGACAAUUGGUACAGAUGGCUUUGAAGCGAAGGUUAUCGAUUUCAAAGAUCAGAUGGAAAUUCAUCAAGCAUUGAAACAGUUGGAUGAUGCCUUGGAUGAGCAAAUUCCCAUUGGAACUUCCCUAACUUCUUUGAAUUCAAAAGAAUCCCGCAUGGAGACGUUUGACGAGAACACUGAAUCUUCAAAAUCAAAAGAUAGUAAGAAAUCCGUAAAACAAUUAGUUGAAAUGCUUGAUUCAAAACAGUUGCAAUUUGGAAUGUGGAAUAUGCCAUCGAAAUUACAUUCAACCGUAACAAAUCAGGAUUCCGAUUUCAUGUUAGACAAUGAAGGCAACAAAGAAACAAAAACUCCAGAAACACCAUCAAAACCAUCUCUCAUUGGUGUCAACAUUUUUGGUCUUAAUGGUGAAAAAUCAAUAGCGGAAAUUAUUGCUGAGAAACAAAAUCAUAGAAAUUUUUCACUUCAUAAACGUCCACCAACAUCACCAAAACCGGUACUGAAGAAACUAUUUCCGAUUCCGAAACCAAGUACUUCAGAUGAAGAAGAACAGAAAUGGCUUCUUCCAUCAUCAUCUGGUCAAGCAAUUCAUCCAUCUGAAAAGUUGAUAUCUGAUGGCGGAAGAGAAAAUAUGAUUGUUACAACAAAUAAAAAGCCAAAAAUUCAAGCGAAACAUCAGAUAACAUCAAAUUCUGCAAUGCUAUCAACAAUCAUCAAAGUUGAUGAUUCUGAAUCCUCUGUAAAUUCCCUAUCAACAAUGACUGAUGAUACUUCUGUAAUAUCAACAGUAAGUGAUGUCACUCGAAAAGAUUCAAGUCAACAAUGUUUGCCUGAAAUACAAUAUCAAGCAGUAAAUCAUAUUUCUGAAAAUUUAAAUCAAAAUUGCAAUGAAAAAUUUUUGGAAACAUCCUUUGAUGGACCGAUUGCAAUGACAAUUAUAAAUGGAAACAAAAAUGGUACAACAAAAGAUUUGGUAUGUAUUUGUGAUAAUGUGAUAAUAGAGGGUAAAGUAAGAAUGAUUAGUUUCUUUCAUGGAUAA